UAAAAUAUUUCACGCUCCACUCUCGGCGAGCGGUAGCAACCACCGCCCUCCCAACCAAACCUAACACUACCAAUGGAGUCGCCGACCUCGACCCCCCUCGACCUCGAAAUCACCGUAGUCUCCGCCAAGCACCUGAAGAACGUGAACUGGCGCAACGGCGAUCUCAAGCCCUACGCCACCGUCUACCUCGAUCCGGGCCACCGUCUCGCAACCAGAUCGGACGACUCGGGUUCCACCCGGCCCGUCUGGAACGAGCGGUUCACGCUCCCACUCACGCGCCCGCUUUGCGACUCCCUUCUCACGCUCGAGAUCUUCCACUCCAGACCCUCCGAAACCCCCAAACCCCUAGUUGGUGCCCUCCGAGUCCCGCUCGGCAACCUUGUUGGCGACUCGACCGAGUCGACUCGCCCGAUUCACACCCUCGAGCUUUGUCGACCUUCGGGCCGGCCUCAGGGUAAGGUCCGGUUAAAGCUCGCCCUGCGUGAGCGCUGUGCUCCGCCUCCAGAUUACCAUAUUGCCCCGCGGAACAGCCAUUUUUACUCUUCUGCCCCUCAAUGCUCCACUGGCCACUAUUCUCUACCACCGUCUCGGCCAUUCUUGAACCGAACGUCCAGUAGCGUAGGGCCCGUAGCACCAGCUGGCCCGUCGGCGCCCGUUGAUUUUUCGUCUUCGAACGAUCACAACCCGCCGCCGGCUCAGCCGUAUCUGGCGUCCAAUUACAGCCCGCCUGGUGGGCCAUCAGCUCCCAUCGAUUUCACGCGGUACGAUCACGAGUCGGUGACGAGGGACAGAGACGGUUACAGAUACGGCAGUUAUCGCCGUGAUUACUGAGCACGGAAGGUUGCUCUAUCAUGAGUUCCUUUGGUUGACUGCCAACAGCUAUGAAUUUAUGAUGCUGGUGAUAAUCUUGGGAAGGUGGAGGACUGGAAGUUAAGUUUGAUGGCAUGCUCAAAUUGAUGUCCAAAGUGUACAUAGGUGUGAACAUUCUAGUCUUAAUUUAAGCAGCCACAGAAGGGAGAGAGCUUCUCCAAUUGUGGUGAGAUAGAUUAAGGGGGUGACUUUCAGCUAGUUUAGCUGGUAAACAGACUUGGAAUUGAAUCCUGCCUAAACGAAGCUGUUAACUCUUACAAGGGUUGUUUGUAAGAUUAAAGAAGCAAAAAGUGUUCAAUACAGUUUUGAAUGUUUUGUA